CACGUCACCACGAAGGGACCGUGUUUUGGUUUGUGGAAGCAACUUGUUCUCAGACAUCUCUGGUUAUUUUUGCGUUUUUUUGCAUCCAACCUGCGCUGUAUGUUAGCAAGAUGUUAACCGCAGAGGAUUUUACACAGUUCCCGCUCCUCGUGUGGGAAAAGGUGUUCGCGAAGGUGAAGAAAGCGGUGGUGUUUAUGGAUGACAGGUGUGCAGAAGCUCUCCACUGGAGCGGAGGGGCUGCAGCCUUGCUGGAAGCUGGAGCCAGGAACCUGAAGCAGUUUUCGAGCUUCGAAGCGUGUGGUGAGAACGAGCCCAAAGCCGUGUUUGUGGUGAGCACGCUGUUAAAGGGGAGAACGGUGGACAUCAUAAAGGACAUCAUAUCUCUCAGUAACUUUCAGUACUGCGUCGUCAUCACCGCUGUGCCCCACUCUGUGCACCUGUUCGCCAACAAUGUCUCCUCGGAAAUGGAGGGGAACCCUGUGUUUGAGCAGUUUGAGGAGAAGCUGUGCGAGUGGAUGGGGAACAUGAACUACACGGCUGAGGUCAUGCACGCGCCGGUGGGCUUCGCCUCCGUGUCCCAGCAGCUGCUGGUUGCUCCACCCUUCGCUCAGCUGUUUCCUCUGCUCCCACCUGACCUGGAAAGCAUCAACGCAAAGCGACCAGAGAAGAAGAGAUUUGGGACUUUAAACGACCUGGAUGGACAGUCUCUCCCAGUGGAGCUGCAGAUUGAAAUCAAAUGCUUGGUUUCGGCGUUAAACUCCAUGUUUGACGCCUUGGGGUUGAAAGAAGAGAGUUUUGCUGUGGGACCAAUGAGCCGCAUCAUCGCAGGAGAACUGGCCAAUCACAGCCAGGCGAGAAACAGACGGAAGACUGCUCCCAAUAAAGCAUCAAUCAUCUUUAUAGACCGAACAAUGGACCUUACAGGAGCUGUUGGUCAUCAUGGUGACAACCUGGUUGAGAGGAUUCUUACUGUGCUGAACCCGUUGCCUGGUCACGUGACAGAUGUGCAAGUGGACAUGUUGGAACUCACAAGUGUACAGAAAACUCCUCACUCCCAGAACACUGUGGCCCCUGGCUGUCUGGCUCAAACCCAGUCGUCCUCUGUGAGGGUACUCUGGGAGUCGAUGCUUACAAGCAAACAUAAAGAGGCUUUGAUGGAAGUGCGUCGUCACCUGGUGGAGGCGGCCACCAAAGAAAAGCUGCCAAUCAAGAUGAGCAUGGGCCGUGUGACCCCCGAGCAGCUGUGUUCCUACGUUAAGUUGUUCAGGACGAAUUGGGAGGCAUUAGAGAGUCACUGUGGGGUACUUCAGCUGGGCUUGGCCACAGCCCAGAUGCUCCGACACCCGAGCUUGGCCCGCUGGGAUUCCUGUCUGGGUUUCGAAAGGCUGCUGCUCCAGGCUCUUGGCGACUCUGAUUUCCCCGCUGUGCUGAGGCAGCUGCUGCCCUUGAUGAAGCCCCGCGGAGGUGAGAAAAGCUCAUCCUCAGGGUCCAGGCUCAGAGAGGACGAGUGCGGGCCAGACGAGCUGAUCCUCCUCCUGGUCUAUCUCUACUCUCUGGCUGCGGAGGCGCAGCAGGCAGGUACCGGGGAGGAGGAGCUGGAGAAGCUGGAGCGGGAGCUGAUAGGAGCACUCACGCUGGUCAUCACACAGGAGACAGAACUCAGCCCAUUGCUCCAAAACCUCACAGGUGAGAAAGGGCAACUCUCCCCCCGGCGGGAGCCCCGACCGGGCCCCGUGGGGCCAAGCCCCACGAAGCAGUCGCCAGGAAUAAGCCAGUACCCGCCCGAGCAUCCACCCCCAAACACUGAGCACCACCAGUGCACCAGCGGGCCAAAGCGCUCCCCAGCAGAGGGAGGCAGGACGGGGGAAAUGAGCUCCACACUUAGCAGAGACUUGAGAUCUUCUUGGGAGAAGGAGCAGCUCAGAUCCGAACCUGACGAGUAA